GGUUAAUGUGGGACUGAGCGCAGUCCCGCCCACACAGUGAUGUAAGAAGACACCUGACCCUGAGCCAGACUCGAGCCGGAGUCAGUCGGGUUGAGGCCGAGAGUGAGGUGAAUUCUGUACUUGGGUGUUCCAGAUCUCCGGUUCUCCGUUGUACCCUGGAGGUACUCUAGAAAAUGCACUGGGGGCUCCUCGGACAUCGCCAUGCACGCGCUGAAUGGGAAUUGUCCAGGAAUUUCCAUUUCUAUUGAGCAAUUACCUUAUGCCUGGAACCCUUCACACUUCAAUUUAAGAUGAAAUUAAAAAAAGAUUCAAAUUCGAAUCAUCUGAGGAAUACGCAACCACACUUCGCGAAGGAAACACUGUUUAUGUUGGCGGAAAUGAAAUUGUUUAUCAGAUAAACUUUGACAAAUCUCCUAAUCUAGUACAAAAGAUCUCAGUGCCUGCUGAUUCGGAAUCCAAAAGAAAAUGCCGACAGAGGAACUCGGGUUACUGUGGGAAUGCGAUAAUGGUCCUGCAAAAGUUCAACAGAACUCAACUUCUUCUCUGUGGAACCCAUGCCCAUGAACCACGAUGUUGGCUGAUUUUAAACAAUGAAUUGACCCCAAUUAUCAAUGGAGGAGGACGUCACUUAGGGCUAGGUGUAUGUCCCUUCACCCCAAAACAUGGCUUCACUUCAUUGGUUGAAGAAGGAAGAUUCUAUUCAGCAGCACCUGUAUAUGAGAAUGGACAUGGUCUGCUCCUUCGGGGGUUUAUGCAGGAAGCUGGUGGGUCAUGGCUACUUUCUGUUGAUGAGUGGCUGACGGAUCCUAAUUUUGUAGGAAUGUCGCCGAUGAAUGACCAGAUUUUCAUGUUCUUCAGGGAAAAAAACAUGCAGAAAAAUCUAGACAUUGACCCCUGGAUGUCACAAGUUGCCCGAGUGUGUAAGGAUGACAAAGGUGGUUCUAGACAGCGCUUGCAACAUAAGUGGGCAACCUUUCUGAAAGCACGACUGCUGUGUAAUGUUCCUACUGAUCACGUGCAUUUCAACCGGAUUCAAGAUGUCUAUGUUGCUAAAUCAAAUAACAGUGAAGACAGAAUUUAUGGAAUUUUCAAAAGUAACUGGAAUGGCACAGCAAUUUGUACCUACUCCGUGAAGGACAUUAAUGAUGUGUUUAGAACUUCCAAAUUCAAAGGUUUCUCCGAAGAUAUUCCUGAUCCCAGACCUGGCACGUGUGGCAAAGACACUCAAAAACUGCCAGAUAUAGUACUGAACAUUAUACAGAAUCAUCCUGAAAUGGAAACCAACAUCCAGCCAAUCGGAAAAAUUCCCCUUGUGAUGGAGAAAGAGGAUCGCUUCAAGAAAAUAGUAGUGGAUUCCGUUGUUGACUUCAGUGGGAAUGUGUCCUGGGUCAUUUUCCUGGCCAUGGGAAAUGGUAAAAUCCGGAAGGUCCUUGAGAUCAGUCAGUCAGUGUUCACCAUUUCAGAACUUGAGGUUUUAAAGAAGCCAGGACCAAUCUUGUCAAUGUCUCUUGACUCUGAAAGCAAACUUCUGUAUGUUACCACUGCCAAAGAGCUGGUCCGGUUCCCACUGGCACAGUGUGAAAAAUAUGCUGAUGACUGUGCCAGUUGCGUUAUGGCCAGAGACCCCUACUGUGCAUGGAAUCCCAGAGAGAAGAAAUGUGUCCCCAGCACAACCAAACUUAAAUAUUUGAUCCAAGAUCUUGAAAAUGGCAAUUAUAAGAAAUGUCCUCAAGAGAGAGUUGAAUAUCACCGUUCCUCAGAGGGAGUCAGUGAAGAUACAAACCUCGUCCUUCCUCUGGAGGGAGCUGGCCCUGUGUACCUGUCCUGCCCAAAGCAAUCCCAUCAUGCCGAUUACUCAUGGAAGGUACAGGACAAGAUGGAGGCCUGUUCUUCGAAUGGAGAUGAAUGUCUGCUCUUCAUAAGGGACAUCUCUGAAGUCAAUGGUGGCCGCUACAUGUGUAAUUCAAAUGAAAGAGGACACGAACAGCUUCAUAUCUCUUAUUACAUUCAGGGCAGUGGGUCAUCAAUAUAUUUAUCCAGAUAUAGUGUUGCUGUAUAUUCUAUUUUGAUGACAGUCGCAGCUCUCUUUUUGCACUGAAUUUGAGCUACGAUUCAACAGGAAAGAUAGAAAACAAAUUGUCCAUCGUGGAGAGCUUUCCAUCCAUCACAUUGAGAGCUUCCCUUUCCCACCCAGGAAGUAAUCCCAAAACUCCCAUUUCUGUUUUUUUUUUGACUGCUGUAAAGUGUUGUAGAUAAAGGCAGGAUGAGGCUCUACCCUGAAUACUCCAACCUCCAUGGCCAGGUGAUCGGACAAUACUCUUGUGACUUGGGUUCCAAAUUGCGAAUGGUGACCUUGGGGAGGUCUGCUGGUAUCUGUAGAACAUGAAUUGUCAACUUUAUUACAUGAGGGGAGAAAGU